AUGAAGACGACUAGGAGCAUUCGAUCGUUCCAGCGAACCUUCGAACAGGCAUUCCGAUCACACUACGCGCCAUUCAGGACACAACCACAAGCCCGAGCUUUGCACCUCCCUACUCCUACGACCCGCCUGGCAGCAUCGCAAAAAGUUCUCCAGCCAAGACGACACCACUCCACCGACGCCGAGUCGACGCAAAGACCUCUGACCGAUCGCGAAGCAACGAGCACUUCAGACGCCGACUCGAUCGCCCUCCGCAAAGCCCUGUCUCCUGCAUACCAGCUUUGGUUUACCUGCAAAAAGUGCCUCGAGCGCAGCGGCCACACCAUCUCCAAGCAGGCCUACCACUUUGGAACAUGUGUCAUUAAUUGCCCCAAGUGCAAGAGCCAACAUUUGAUCAGUGAUCAUCUGAAGAUCUUCUCCGACACGAGCAAGACGAUGGAGGAUAUCGCGAAGGAGCAUGGAGAGAAGUUGAGGAAGGGGAGACUAGGUGCUGAUGGCGAUGUGGAGUUCUAUGAUGAUGCAGCAGACGAGACGAUAGAAAAUGAGAUGAAGAAGGGAUGA